AUGAUAGGAUUGACGCUGAUUCGGGCCUGGAGCUCAAGGUUCUUUCAUCGGUUUGGAAUACACUGUGCAACGCACCAAAUACGACUUAUCCUUAUUUCCGGCCUAGUUAUCACAUCUCUCUUCUAUCCUGCUCUUGGAAUCUACUCGGACUCAGUCGGUAACUUUUCUUCAAGUUCAUCACCACCAGUCGUAGGCCAGCUAUUUGGGCUGAGUCCCCAACCUCUGUCGGAUUUCCGAGACGAUUUGGACAAUGUAUGGGGUGGACAAGAGGCCUUGCACAUCCUGGAGGAUACCGUCGCACGUGCAAGAUGUGGUACAGAAAAGACAGUCCGAAUAGAACGUGUACUCCUUACCAGCGACGGUUUCGACUCUGACACCGGUGCUAUAGACUACGAGCUCCUUCGCUCUGCCUUACAGCUCGAGAGAGAACUCAUGAAGCAUUUAUCAAAGGACAAUUUUCAUUGUCUCCCGGACCAUAAGGGCGGCUGCUUAGCUCUCAGCCCGCUUGAGUUUUGGUCGCACGACGAGGAUAUCCUUCGCUCUGACCUCGACCUCCUCUGGACGGUGAAUAAGCAGCAGAACAUAUCUGUCUCCGGUCUUCCUUUGAGACCAUCCAUGGUUUUUGCCGGACGAGAGUCGGCAGAGCCUCGUGGGUCGACCAUUGAUUUUGCAGCCCAUCUCGCGCUUAGUUUCUUCUUCCACGAGGACGAUUGCAACAGCUCUGGUGGUCAUAGAGCGUGGUUGAACAUCCUUAGUGAGCUUGCUCCAGCACUUGGGGAAGUCCCCAGGCACCUUCAGGAGCCCUCCCUUUUAGCUCUAGAGCUCAACACCGGGAGGAAGACUGGCCAGCGCAUACCACUAAUUACGCUGACACUAUAUCUUUCUUACAUCAUAUUUUUCGUCUAUUUUUCUGGCUCAAUGCGUCGGAUGGACUCAGUUCAUUCCCGGAUCGGCUUGUGCUUUACCGGCUUGGUAGAAAUCUUGGUCAGUACUAUAACGAGUCUCAGCGUUUGUGCCAUUUUUGGAUUGCGCAUCACACUUGUACCUUGGGGAAUUUUUCCAAUUGUCAUCGUCUUUGUUGGUGCCGAAAACAUGUUCCGUUUGGUUGAUGACGUUACCAAGACGCCCAUCAGUCUGCCAGUGAAAGAACGAAUUGGAAUAGGCCUGAGUCGGGCAGGAACGUCCAACACACUGAAAGUCGUAUCAUAUAAUGCAAUCCUCGGAGUUAUUGGAUUCUUUUCGCAAGGUGCUAUACGCCAAUUUUGUGCAUUUGCAAUUGUAGUCCUUGUUGCCCACUGGUUCCUUAUUCAUACGUUCUUUGUCGCCGUCUUAUCAAUCGACAUCCAAAGAUUAGAGCUCGAUGAUCUCCUUCGGCAGGACAAGAGCCUCGGCCCUCACGGAAAUGACUCAGGCCAGAAUAGGGACGGGACUAGGCUUGGCAUGCCAUCCAGGAUCGUCGCAGGACUUCAAAGAGUCACAAAGGGCCGAUUGACCAAGAAUUUCAGCCUCAUGCUGCUUCUCGUGAUCACUAGUACUCUGUACUAUUCGACGUUGCCAGUCGCUCCAGAACGACAUAUGGAUAGUAUGCGCUCUCCUGCUACUCGUGCUUCGGUCCUGAAGUCUAAGGCGGAGCAGACCAAGUUGGAUGCUCAUUCCACGGCGCGGGAAAUAUGGCGCGUUUUUAAUCCGGAUGAUAAUAAACUUGUCCAUCUAAGGGUUGAAGCUCCAGCGAUAGUAGUUGUUAACCACAAGCCGUCAAGCGAUAGUAGCGAACAUCGGGUACAUAGGUCACGGUGGCCUGCACGCACUUUACGGUCAUUCUGGUGGGUCUUUAAGGUGAUGGUCAUCCCUAUUGGCACCACUCUUUCCGUUCUGUACGGGUUGUUGCUUUAUCUUCUGAAAGGGACCGACCGUUUGGAGAACCAUCACGUUGAUACGAAGGAAGACGAGACGGACUGUUCAGCCCCGAUUGAGGACUUACCGCUUUUCAAGAUAUUCCCUCGCACUUUCGCUUCUGAUGUUAGCAUCCUUGCUUCGAACAAGAACGGCACAGUGCUUGCUUCGGUCAGUUCGGAUGGGGAACUCUUCCUGUGGCUUGCCUCUUCGCGAAAGUACAUUCACAUCAAUACGUCGGACCUCGUUCUCAAAGGCGCCUGUUCUUCGGCGGUGCAAUAUCCCUUGACUGCAGUUGCAGUAGAUGACGAAGGAACGUGUUGUGCAGUUGGCGCCGGAUCUGGAGUGAUUGGGAUCUGGUCCAUACAUGGAGAUGACGUUCAGCCAAUAUCCCAACUUUUCUUGGAUGAGUGUGCUUCGCCAGUCUCACAAAUCGAACUUUCAGCACGUAGCAUUCGUUCGACGGGAGAUCAUCUAUCUGCCGAGAGGACCGGGGUGCCGGAUCAGUACAUAAGUCUUCCAAGUGUAAUUGCCAUCCAUAGGAACGGUCGCGUCGUGCAGUGGACGAAUGGCGUACCUAUGUCCUAUACUUCAAGUCGCGGAACGGAUCGUGCUAGGGCCAAAUUAAUCCACGUCGGUGAUGGGUGGCAUCCUAUCUUAUUCUUCUUUCAUGAUUGUGGAGGCUAUGAGAUCAUUGAUCCUUGCCAAAUUCCAAUUCUACAAGGCCCAAUCUACAUCCAUGCUGGUUCUUCGGAGGAUCUGGUGGUAGAUGUGCAUGCUUGUUUAGUCAACAUAGAGCAAGCAGUACACGUUUUGGUGGCUGCGGUGACCUACGCCGGCGUCAUAACUCUUUGGGACGCGGCGACUGGAGAAUGCAUCUUGGUCCUUGAUGAGACGUACGGCUUCGUCAAUAGCUUACGAAUCUUGCCGAUCCCAUCCAAAGCAUGCUCGCAAUGCGGCGAAGUUCCACAAUGCAGCUUCUGCCUCGUGUACUCCGUUGGCCACAUUGUACUCGUUGAUCAAGGGAUUCUCGCACACAGGUGUUCCUGCCCUUUGACUCAACCGCUAGUAUCAAAGAUCGUAGCGCAUAAGGAUAGUUCGAUUGGAAGGCGCUCGCGGAGUGGAAGCUUCGUUUCAUCCUCUGGUUUGGAUACUGUUUCACAUAAUCGCAGUAGACGUGUGUCGUUAUCGGAGGAGAAUGCGCCCGAUGUCAGCGCCUUCCCUGUCUCCGCACAUGGUAAACAUGCAAGGCGCGGUUCUGAGAAAGAAGCUUUGCGCCGAGGAAGUGAUAGGUACGACAGGGUUGCGUUCUGCACGGCAGAGGAUGGCAUUGGAGCGUUUGGCGAUGGGGAGGAAUUGUCAAGACUUACCGUACCGGACGGUACAAGGUUCCCGACAUCCUCCACUGAUCCUUCGGUGUCUUGUUUGUGGAGGAAUUUCAGACUAGUACGCGUACGAGAGGCAACUUGCGAACGGGGUGGAUGGGAUAUCUUGAACGGCAAGAUACUUGGGAUUCGUCGUAAGCCUCGAAAACCUCAAGGCUCGACUGACGAGCCACAGAGGAAACCUGAAAGAGCUACGCAAUCUACCGCCCUGUCAAUAUCCGUCCUCGAUCGCUGGGAGGUAUGGAUGAUCGACCCAUCCAAGCCAAACGUGACUCUUCAAGCCUCUUCACUCUCCACAUUACGAUUAGAAUCCGAGUCUCCCAAAGAUGGUAUAUCGCCGUCUACCCAAAAGUCAAUCCCAAGACUAUCCUUCACACGCCUUUCACCACUUAUUAUCAGAAGCCCAAUUUGUCUUGCUGGAUUCGGGAAUACUGUUGGGAUGAUUCAUUUUGGGAAAUUUUGA